GUGUUGCCCUUUAUUUCAAAAACGGACUGAUGUCAAACAACAGCGGCAGGCUCAGAGUCAGCUGUCUUCCAGCCACCGUAUUCACCACCUACGCACCAGGAUUAAGAAGUAACGACGACCCCCGGGAUGUAGCCUAUGCAUUCUGCAGGUAGCGAGAAUACAAUGUUUUUAGGUUAAAUAUUCAUCACGACGUCGCCCGUCAUCGUCUUAUUCGUCACAAUGUAUCUUAGCAUAUACCCGCAGGCGAUUACAACAAUUAUAUAUACAUGCGUGCGUUGAAUUGCUUCACUAAGCAGCGUUUGCAGGCUGAAAACCUGUCAAAGAUCCUUUCUACGCGUGUCAGCAUACGUUACCUUGCUCUCGGCUGGCGGGCCAGCGCGUGUCAGUUAUCCGUCUAAUGUCAACUUUGACCGAUUUGAUGUGCAGAUCAAAGAAAAUUUGCAUUUGACGUAUUAUAAUAUCAAAGGUAUCUCCCUUUCAAAAUGGGCGGGAAGCUUGCAUAAAACUCAACGCAGCUUUGGAUGGACACAUCUAAUUCCCUUGCGGAAUAACAGUCUACCCCGUGCAGUUUGCAGCGGUCGUUUGAAGUCGGCGAUAGUGGCUUGAAUUGAAAUGACAACAUCUGCGGAUGCCACGAACGGAUCGCUGUUCUUCAGCCCAUUGCACCUGCAUAUAGUUAAUAUCAAAGGACUCGUGAAAGGACACGGCGGAGAAGUCCCAGAUACGAGCGCGUUUUCAUGCAGACCGAGGGACUGCUAUUUUCUGCUAUAGAUCUGUGAAGCGCUUGGAUGUGAGAUCAUUUGUUCCCGGACUUGUUUUGGUUUGCAUCACGCGAAAAAAAGAGACGUUCAUAUCUGCCGCCUCCAUACCAAUAGGCUAUGCGCACAAGCGCGUUUUCUCCUUGUCCACCGCGGUGCUUUGCGUAUUUAGGAUGAACAAAACAACGUAAGUCUCGGUGUUAUUUCUUAUAAAUAUUCGUUUGGGAGUCAAGCCUUUACGUUUAUCACAACCGCGGUGUGUGCACCGAGACGAUAGGAGAGCGUCGUGUCAUUCACGGACACGGGGAGGAACUUCUCACAGAGAUCGUAUAAAAGAGGAUGUGUGUUUUAAUUUUUCGUAUUUUUCCCCUAAAAUCGAUAAACGUACAUCGCAAUGGCGUGACAUCCCUGUUUUCUGCGCUAGUUCUGAUGGCUUCAGUAGGAGGAUAUUAACGUGGGGCGGACCUUGGCUCAUCUCCAACGGAUAUUUUUUUAGGGGGGCUGGAGGAUCGGACUUUUUACUACAGCUUUGUAGUACUUCUCGUCACCAUCAAGAAUUUUCCAUAUAAACCAACGGACAUCUUUUAAAGCUAAGAUCAGAGACAUUCUACCUCUUCAGCACUGUGUGGAUAUAAUGGCCGAAGCCACGGCUGUAGAUAGGUUGAGCACUGCGGCUGCGAGAGGAGAUCUGAAGGAAAUUGAGACGAUAUUGCAAAGCAACGUAAACGUUAAUGAAAGGAACAAGUACGGCAGGACACCAUUGCAGGUGGUGAAACUUGGCUGCCCGUCCGUGGCUUUGGCGCUACUUCUUGCAGGCGCGGACCCAAACGCGCGCGACCCUAUCGGAGGACUGGCCCUCUGUCACGAUGCUGCAAGAGACGGAUUUCUGGACACCCUACAGGUGCUUGUGCAGAAUGGUGCUGAUGUCAAUCUCCUUGACAACGAUGGCAACGUGCCUCUCCAUCUGGCUGCGCGGGAGGGACACCUAGAUGUCGUGGAGUAUCUCGUAUAUCAGUGCAACACGCAGCCCUUUCAGCCAAACGCAAAAGGCUACACACCUCGUGAUCUGGCGUUUAUGCACAAACAACACAGGACUGUGGAGUGGUUAGAGAGCAUUGUGCAUUCAGAAUCGGCAUAGAGAUUUUAAAGAGACUCUUGGAGAGAGACUGGCCUGAGGCCAAUGUGAUUUGAUGUGUAACAGAGGUAGCAGAUGCGAUAUGUAGCAUUAACUACCUCUUAUUGAAACUUAAAAUAUUGGAGUUCGGACUCAGGGGCGUGUGUUUUUGUGAAGAACAAAUCAUUUUUCAAUUGACGUUACUUGUAAUCCACAUGACUUUUAUACGGAUGAAAACUCAUUAAUUGGCUGAAUUGUUCGUGUUUUGUUUUGAAUGGGAGGGUUGUCGUGGGCAUGCUUUUAUGCAUUUCUGAUUUAGAGAUAAUUUCACUAACUUUGUUAAACUUCAACAAAAAAGUCAAACGUGUGAUAGAUGUCCCAUUUUUAUAAUACAAAAUAACUGAAUUGAUUGUUGAUUAUCUGGUUAAUUUGAUUAAGUGUAUAAAAAUAUACUUUUUAGUUGCAGCAUAAUGUUCAGAAUUCAUCUAACAUCCCCAAUUGCUUUUUGUUAUGUUUGUUUUUAUGACAAUGAACUUGCACUUUUGCUUGUAAUAUAUUUUAACAUUUUAUCAGGAUUUAACUGUGAAAGCGUUCCUUUUUAUCCAAUUGAAAAUAUUAAAUCUUUGCUAAACAACCAAAGAGCUGUUAAACGGUUCCAGUGUCAUGAAGUGUGUUUAACUCUGGCCUCGAGUCACUGAUAUACGGGUCUGCCUAAUAAACAUUUGACUGUAUUAAAUAGGCUAUAACAACCUGGAUACAAAUAAAAUAUUUGACUGAACCUUGAAAACUGCUGUCUGAUGUUAUCAAAUGUUCAAAACAAACAAAUAAA